UUCUCCCCACCUGAUCUUCACCAUUUACAACAUUUUUGCAUCCAUUCAUUCUUCCUUCCUCUCGCCUUCUCACUCUCUCCGCCCAUGGCCUCCUUGGCACCCUCCACCGCCUCCGCCUCUCUCGGUGUCUCUGAAAUGCUGAGAAAUCCCCUCAGCUUCUCCGGCGCCUCCGCCAGGUCAGCUUCCUCUGCUUCUAGCCCGGUCACCUCCAAGAUCGUGGCCCUUUUCGGGAAGAAGCCAGCCCCCGCUCCCAAGCCCAAGCCCUCCGCUGUCUCUCCAGCCAAUGACGAGCUCGCCAAGUGGUAUGGUCCCGACAGGAGGAUUUUCCUCCCCGACGGGUUAUUGGACCGAUCCGAGAUCCCCGAAUACCUGAACGGAGAAGUCCCCGGAGACUACGGUUACGACCCCUUCGGACUCAGCAAGAAGCCAGAGGACUUCAGCAAAUACCAAGCAUUUGAGUUGAUCCACGCACGAUGGGCCAUGCUUGGAGCUGCUGGGUUCAUCAUCCCUGAGGCCUUCAACAAAUUCGGUGCCAACUGCGGCCCUGAGGCUGUGUGGUUCAAGACUGGAGCUCUGCUUCUUGAUGGAAACACAUUGAAUUACUUUGGAAACAACAUUCCGAUCAACCUCAUUGUCGCGGUCGCUGCAGAGGUUGUUCUUGUCGGUGGUGCAGAGUACUACAGAAUCAUCAAUGGCUUGAACUUUGAGGACAAGCUCCACCCGGGCGGUCCGUUCGACCCGUUGGGGCUGGCGGACGACCCGGACCAGGCGGCGAUCUUGAAGGUGAAGGAGAUCAAGAAUGGAAGACUGGCAAUGUUUGCAAUGCUGGGGUUUUACUUCCAGGCCUACGUGACCGGAGAAGGGCCGGUGGAGAAUUUGGCGAAGCAUUUGAGCGAUCCUUUUGCAAACAAUUUGCUCACAGUCAUUUCUGGGAAUGCAGAGAGAGUUCCAACUCUUUGAACACUGCAAGUAUGAGAGUAUUGAAUGGAAGUGUUGAAUGUGUUUGUAAAUUUGUAUUGAGACUAUUUGUAGCCUCUGACCACUCACUCUCAGUGCAUUUAAAAGAGCUAUGAACAAGAGUUUGAUAUCAAAUUUUCUGUCAACUUAAUUGUGUGUGUAAACUGUGGGUUGGUGCAUAAUUUCUCUAUUUUAUACGCAA